UCUGUACAGACCACUUUGAUCUUUCGCUCCACGAUCACAGAUCAUUGUGCAACACUGUUGCCGUUCAAUUUCACUUGGCGCACUACACAUAACUUUGUAUAUAUAAAAACGAAUAAGAAAAGAAAAACAACAAACUAAAAGCGUGGUGUCGUGAGUUUGAAUGUGAAUUAAACUCAAAAAAAAAACUGUGACUUGAGUGUGUGACUUUUUUUUCGGGGGGAAUAUAUUAAAUUUGUAGCGCAGGCACAAAAGUAAGAAAGAGUCAGCGGAUUUCGGAUUUCUUCCUUAUAUUUUCACGGAAAAAGAACCCCACGAAUAUUUGCGUGUUGGAUGUAUAAUUUUUAUGUUGCACGUAGAGACACAAAUUUGGUGCUUUAAUUGCUCACUCCAAUAAUUUCGGUACGAUUGAGUGAACGAGACACAUAUUUCAGGGGAUUUCGGAUUAAUUGUGCUGUCGAAUUUUCCUCGGGUGAAAUGAAAUUGAUGAUGUAUAUCUGACACGUUUUCAUCAUUGAGCACAUUACAAGCACCAAAGGGGAGACCCAUAUCCAGACCCCGCAACAAUGGAGAUGCAUUCCACGGUCGGCAGGUCAUCAUCAUCGAGAGUUCCCGUGGAUGACUCACUCGCCGUAGCAACUGCUUCUCGGGCACUUUGCAUAUACCAAGAUACCGAUGAAAAUGAAACAUCGUCGUCGGAGAGUACGGAUGAAAUUCCCGUUUGGAUACGUGGGGAACAAAGAUGGAUAUCUGGGGUAACAGACCACACUACAGCUGCAGACUUGGUCGAUGCACUUCUGCAGGAUGAGGGAAUCCCCGAUCGGGGGAAGGACUACGUGAUUACGGAACGAUGGCGGCGUGUUGAACAAAUUCUCGAUGGACGUACGAAAAUUCUCAAGAUAUGGUCAGCAUGGGGUGAGGCGCAGCCAGAGGUGAAACUAACACUGAGACGCGUGGAGAGGCAUCGAAGGCGCAGCCCUAGCGUGGAGAAUUGCGACAGUGGCCGUGGGAGUCCCACGGGGAGCGCCAUUGUCCGCAGAAGGCGCCACAGAGCGGCUAAAUCAUCACCAGCAUGGACCACCCACGCCCAGACACCCCACCCACGUACCCAACGUGCCACCAUUGAGCGCCUCAUGAAGUUGAUCCUGGAACAGGGUGAGACAAUACAGCAGCAGCUGUCGCGCCUUAGACAUCCUAUCUACAGGGAGCGUGAACUGGAGAUUGCCGUGAUUGAGGAGGAGCGUCACAGAAAUCGUGAACGGGAGCAUGGGAAGAAUUAUCUGCUGGAGACCUACCUCAAUGGGCUCCAUGAAGCUGAUGACAAGGAAGUCACGACAGGGAAUAGUGAUUCAGGUGUGCACACGGAAGAUACCACGUCGCCCGUGGCGGGAAUUUCACCAACACUCGAUGAUGACCAGGAGGAGUGUCCAAAGAUGGAGGAGGCAUGUGGAACCAUUAGACGGAAGGGCCGUUCGCACCGAGAGACAAUGUUGCUGCGUGAUCAUGAAACAGCCAAGGAGUUCAGUGCAACAGCUGAAAAAUCCAAGGAAGCCCCAGCCAAAGAAACCAGUGAGAGCGGGAAUGAUACCAUGGCUGAAAUUGAUCUCUUGGAGAAGAUGUACAUCCUCAAUAAGCACCUACAGCGUGAAGAGGAACUUCUGGUGCGGCUGAGUGCCAAAGUGAAGCGCUACGAAUCGGAGAAUCCCUCCCUGAGUGAGCAACAAAUAGCUGAGGCACUGGAGAGGGUUAAUGGGGAGAUUAUCCAAAGAAAUACUGAAAUUGAAGCCACAGAUCAGGAGCUUGAGAAAUCCACGAGUAUCCUCCGGGAGAAAUCCCAGCAAUUGCAGCAACUCCAUGAGCAACUGAAUGCAGCAGAAGUGGAAGCAAUGGUGAUGGAGGAUAGGGCUGCAGCCGAGGGUAGUGGGCUCAAUCUCAGUCGCGAGUACCUUGCGGAGAACAUUUACAACAUCAGCAAGAUUAUCCUGAAGACCAAUGCAAAGGAGGAUGCAGCCACGUACAUUCGUCACACACCUGAUAUCGAAGUGAUGCGUCCACAGCCACCACCUGUUGCGGAGUUCUUCCCUCAACCACCGGUGCAGUUCACAACGGAAGUGCAGGUACAUCAGCCAGCAAUGGGCCCCCUGCCGCCGCAGCUUCCACCACCGCAAUUUGUGGACUUCACCACACUGGACCUCAUUGCAUCCGUCAACAUGAUGCAUCAGUGCAAUCAGCGCAACAUCAAUAGCACCGCAGCUGUGGCGAAGAUCACGCAGAAGAAGCUAAUUGGUGGUGAACCAGACUCCAAUUCGGACACGGGACUCUCUUCCAUGGGCGAAGACAUGACCCAGCUGGGCACGCUCGUCUGAGGAAGGUCACACGUGCGCACAUUCCCUACUCUCACCCUCCUCCCAAAUAAAAAGCAACGAGACCAACACCGAAACCAAGAAGUACACCCGAAAUGUGAAAGCAAUUUUUUGAUACCCAAUAAAUUACACAAAGAGCAUUGAAAGUUAA